UGUCCUCACAUUUUCUUCCUGGCCUCCCUCUCAACCACCAUGUCCAGCCUCCAGGCCCUGUGCUCAGGCCUGCCCCUGCGGCCGCUCCCCGAGAACAGGGGACGCUGGUCUGGGGUGCCCCACGCCCCUGUCAGGACCCCUGGUCUCAGCCCUUCUGAGGAGCAGCUGGCUCUGAAGAACGCCUUGCGCUACUUCCCCCCGGACAUCCAGAAGCAGCUGGCCCCUGAGUUCGCCCAGGAACUGCGGCUGUAUGGGCAUAUUUACAUGUACCGCUUCUCCCCCACCAUUGAAAUGAGGGCCUACCCGAUCCAGCAGUACCCCUGCCGGACGAGAGCUGCUGCGGCCAUCAUGCACAUGAUCAUGAACAACCUGGACCCUGCCGUAGCCCAGUUUCCCCAGGAGCUCGUGACCUACGGAGGAAAUGGGCAGGUGUUCAGCAACUGGGCUCAGUUCUGGCUGACCAUGGCCUACUUGUCACAGAUGACCGAGGAGCAGACACUGGUCAUGUACAGCGGACACCCACUUGGCCUCUUCCCCAGCAGCCCCUCUGGCCCCAGGCUGGUCAUCACUAAUGGGAUGGUUAUUCCCAACUACUCCUCCAGGGCCGAGUACGAGAAGAUGUUUGCCUUGGGGGUCACAAUGUAUGGCCAGAUGACAGCGGGCAGUUACUGCUACAUCGGGCCCCAAGGGAUUGUCCACGGCACCGUGCUCACUGUGCUGAACGCCGGGCGUCGGUACCUGGGCGCCCAGGACCUGACCGGGAAGGUCUUCGUCACCUCGGGGCUGGGCGGAAUGAGUGGGGCCCAGGCCAAGGCUGCAGCGAUCGUGGGGUGUAUCGGCGUGAUAGCAGAGGUGGAUAAGGCCGCCCUCCUGAAACGCCACCAGCAGGGCUGGCUGAUGGAGGUGACCGACAGCCUGGACCGCUGCAUCGAGAGACUCAGGGUAGCCAGGAAGAAAAAGGAAGUGCUUAGCCUUGGGUACCAUGGCAACGUGGUGGAUCUUUGGGAGCGCCUGGUGCAGGAGCUGGAGACCACAGGGGAGCUGUUGGUGGACUUGGGGUCAGACCAGACUUCCUGCCACAACCCGUUCAACGGCGGCUACUACCCCGUGCAGCUGGGCUUCGCCGAGGCCCAGAGCCUCAUGGCCUCCGACCCUGCCGCCUUCAAGGGCCUGGUCCAGGAAAGCCUGAGGAGGCACGUGGCCGCCAUCAACAGGCUGGCCCAGGAGAAAUUCUUCUUCUGGGACUACGGCAACGCAUUUCUCCUGGAGGCCAAGCGAGCAGGUGCUGAUGUGGAGAAGAAAGGGGCCAACACGACUGAGUUCCGCUACCCCUCGUAUGUGCAACACAUCAUGGGGGACAUUUUCUCCCUGGGCUUCGGGCCUUUCCGCUGGGUGUGCACGUCGGGGGACCCGCAGGACCUGGCGCUCACGGACCAGUUGGCCACGUCUGUGCUGGAGGAGAUCAUCGCCGGCGGAGUGAACCCCGUGGUGAAGCUGCAGUAUAUGGACAACAUCCGCUGGAUCCGGGAGGCGGCCAAGCACCGCAUGGUCGUGGGCUCCCAGGCACGGAUCCUGUACUCUGACCAGAAGGGCCGCGUGGCCAUUGCCGUGGCCUUCAACCGUGCCAUCGCCAAUGGAAAGAUCAAGGCACCGGUGGUCCUGAGCCGAGACCACCACGAUGUGAGUGGCACCGACAGCCCCUUCAGGGAGACCUCCAACAUCUAUGACGGCUCCGCCUUCUGUGCGGACAUGGCCGUGCAGAACUUCGUGGGAGACGCCUUUCGCGGGGCCACCUGGGUCUCCCUUCACAACGGAGGAGGCGUCGGCUGGGGUGAGGUGAUCAAUGGAGGAUUUGGCCUCGUGCUGGAUGGGACCCAGGAGGCAGAGCAGAGGGCCAGGAUGAUGCUCGGCUGGGAUGUCUCCAAUGGAGUGGCCCGGCGCUGUUGGUCGGGGAACCCGAAGGCCUACGAGAUCAUCCGUCAGACCAUGCAGGAGAACGAGGGCCUGGUGGUCACCCUCCCUCAGGAGGUGGCUGAUGAGCGCAUGCUCCAGCAGGCUCUGCAGGCGUGAACCGAGUUCGCUGCCAGCCAAGCCCCCCCCAUGCCUGCAGUCCCCAGCCUGACCCUCACAGCCACUCUGCCCCCUCCACUGCCCGCCUGAUCUCCAGGAUCAGAAGCAUCAUACCUCCCCUCACGCAGCCCUGCCCUCACCCACAGGCUGUGCCACCCCCAGCCCCAGUUUGGCUGGGAGCCUGUUGAUACCCCGAGAUCCGGGGGUCAUGAUACCCCACUGGGCCCGAAUCCUCCCUGGAGCCUGCCAUGACGUAGCCUGCCUCUACGUCCCACCCUCCACGCGACUGGCUCAUCACUGUCUGCCUUCCCUUCAUCCCGUGGCCCAUCUGCUCGCCUCUGGCCUUGGGGCUCCGGCUGUGGCCACCCUGAGGACCAGGCCCAGGCCCUGAGUUUGGAGGGGUCCAGGGAAGGUGGACAGGGCAGUCCAAGCUUCCCCAGUGAGUUGUGUCCAGACAAGCCAGAGGCGGGGGCCUGGGGACCAGCCAGGCUCUCUCCUAAGGGAUAAGUGAUGCGUGGCUGGGGAAAAUGUGUGUGGGGGGGUGCCACACCAGGGGUCACGCAGAAAUACAGUCCAUAAUUUAGGACAGACGUCCACUCAGGAAUCCUGAGUCCCGGGCAUCUGCGCCCAGCACGAGUCUGGAUUCAUGGGCUCCUUCCGCCACUGAGCACCCUGGCAGAGGCCUUGCUUUUCCUGAAACGGGUACUUUUGUGUUUGAUUUUUGCCAGUUCCCUCUUUUGGGGUCCUUCCCUCCCUGUCCCUGGUGGCCCCAGGUCCCCUCUUGAUGCUUCACCCACACAUACUCCCUCUGGUGCUACGGAGGCCAGGCUGGGAGGAGCCCGGGGGUUGGGAGACAGUGGGAGAAAGCGGACUCCCUGAAGAGUGUUAUCCACCGAGGGCAGAGGUGAGCUUACUGGGGUGUGGAUGCUUGUCUUGCUUGGCUCAAAUAAUAGGAUCCCAGUCCACACAAUCUUGGCUUUCCCCAAAAGAGGCUCCUUCAGGAGGAGUCCCCACCCCCAGUCUAGGACAGACCUGCCACUGUCAUGCUACAGGACCAGGCCUGGGAGACCAAGGGGAUAUGGAACCCUCUUAUAAUUGACUCGACUUUAAAAAGGAAACGGCACGCGUCUAAUAAAAUCUAAAUUUCUUUAA